AUGAACCAUCAGCACGAGACUCCAGAUCUCACUCCCAGCAGCCUCAAAUCCCGCCAAAUUCCUGGUCCCCCACAUGCCCUCAGCAGGAGAAACCCCAAAUCUCCUUACCCCGAGGAGGCCCAGACCCCUUCAUCCUUCCAGAACCCAAACCAAACUGACUGCCGUGCAGUCACCAAGGAGGCCUUCAGAGACAUCGCCAAGUACUUCACUACCGAGGAGUGGGCGGAAAUGGCCGAGUGUGAAAAAUUCCACUACAGGAAUGUGAAGAGGAACUACGGGACCCUGCUCAAUUUAGGUCUCAGAGGCCCCCGGCCAGCUUUCAUGUGCCACCACAGGCAGAUCAUCAAAGCCCAGAUGGACAACAGUGAGGAUUCUGAUGAGGAAUGGAAACCUAGGCAGAAAGUCAAACCUCCUUGGGUGGCAUCCAGAGUGAAGCAGAGUAAACAGCAGAAGGAAACACCCAGGACGCCACUAAGUAAUGAAUGCAGUUUGAAGGAAUUAUCAGGAACUGCAAUUUUGGGGAGCACAACUGACUCAGAGCUGCCCCAGAGGCUGGCAUCACCUCCUCAGGAACCAAGUCCCUCUGAUCAGCACUCAACACAGAAACUGGAGCCCAGGAUAAAAGAGGUGGAGGUGAAGACGUACAGCCUGCGAGAAAGGAAGGGCCUCACGUACCAGGAGAUCGGGGAGCCCCAGGAUGAUGACUACCUUUAUUGUGAGAUGUGUCAAAACUUCUUCAUUGACAUUUGUGCAACUCACGGAGCCCCAACGUUUAUAAAGGACAGUCCCAUGGACAAGGGGCACCCCAACCGCUCAAUCCUCACUCUGCCCCCUGGGCUGAGAAUUGGACCGUCCGGCAUCCCUGAGGCUGGGCUGGGAGUCUGGAACGAAGGGUCUGAGCUGCCCCGGGGCCUGCACUUUGGUCCCUAUGAAGGCACGGUGACAGAAGACAAGGGGACAGCCAACAACGGCUACUCCUGGCAGAUCACCAAGGGAAGGAACUGCUAUGAAUAUGUGAAUGGAAAGGAUGAAGCUCAGGCCAACUGGAUGAGGUAUGUGAACUGUGCCCGGGAUGAAGAGGAGCAGAACCUGGAGGCCUUUCAGUACCACAGGCAGAUCUACUACCGCACCUGCCACACCAUCCGCUCGGGCUGUGAGCUGCUCGUUUGGUAUGGAGACGAGUAUGGCCAGGAACUAGGCAUCAAGCGGGGCAGCAGCUGGAAAAAGGAGCUCACUCCAGGGACAGAAGCAAAGCCAGAGAUUCAUCCAUGUCCCUCCUGCCCUAUGGCCUUCUCCAGUCAGAAAUUCCUCAGUCAACACAUGAAGUACAAACACCCCUCUCAAUCUGCCCCUGGAACAGCUGUGGGAAAACACCUCCAACCAGAGGACCCCCAUCCAGGGGAUGGGAAGCAAUGGCAUUCUGAACAACACACUUGGAAUGACAGAGCAGAAGUUGUAGAGACAGGAGAUGAGCCCAAACCCAUGUUUGAAAGUACAAGGCAGGAGGGGAUUUCAAAGGCCUUUUCCGAACUAUCCAAAGGACAAACGGGGAGUUCUAGGGUGGCUAAGACAAUGAUGGAGACAGAGCCCAGUCUAGGCCAGAAAGUGAAUGCUGAGGACGCAAGCAAAUUAUUCCUGGGGAUAAGAAUCUCAGGAAUUGCAAAAGUCAAGUGUAGGGAGUGUGGGAGAGGCUUUAGUCAUAAGUCAGUCCUCAUCAAACACCAGAGGACACACUCAGGGGAGAAGCCCUAUGUCUGUGGGGAGUGUGGGCGAGGCUUUAGUCAGAAGUCAGAUCUCAUCAGACACCAAAGGACACACUCAGGGGAGAAGCCCUAUGUCUGCAGGGAGUGUGGGCGAGGCUUUAGUGAGAACUCUGUCCUCAUCAAACACCAGAGGACACACUCAGGGGAGAAGCCCUAUGAUGAACCUGGCCCUCAUUGGAUUCCUGAGCGCCUUGUGCAGCAUGUGGCUGACGCAGGCGGCGAUCCAUUGGGCUGUCGUCCCACACCCACCGCUGGUGAGACCUGUGUCCUGGAAGGAGAGGAAUCAAGCCCCGCUCCCAUUAUACUCGAAUGA